GAGAACAGUUCACUUAAAUGCAGCUGCAGUGCUUUUGUGUGAUACCUGUCCGAAUCAUUCCCAGUGCAAGGUCGGGUUUGUGACCAUGAUGUCAAGAUUGGUCUUUCUCCUUUUCUGUGGAUAUAUUGCACUAAACCUGGGAAAUGCUCAGAAAUUGCCAAGAGUGAAAAGGCAGAGCCUGAAAGUUCAGAUCAAUGCAACAGAUGACACCGUUUGCAUGAGGUAUCUUCGACCAAGUCAAAACACCAAACUAGAAGGUUUUGUCCUGGGUUAUGGAAGCAACUUCUUUUCUAAUCAGUACAUUCCUUUACCUUCGGAAGGAAAAACCUACAUAACAGAACUGGAUGCAGAGCCGCGGUAUUUGGUUUCAGUAAGACCAGCACGCAUUUCAAACAACAAGAAAUCUUGUUCAGGUCGGACCAAGACUCAAAAGCCUCUGCAGCUGGUAGUUGGCACCCUCACCCCAACCUCUGUGUUCCUCUCUUGGGGCAUCCUAGUCAACCCUCAGCAUGACUGGACAGCAACAAGUAACUGUGCUAGUGACAGGUUCUAUACAGUUCGCUACAGAGAAAAGGGUAAAGACAAGAAAUGGGUUUUUCAGCUUUGCCCAGUUACAGAGACGGUGGUGGACAAUCUGAAGCCAAACACAAUUUAUGAAUUUGGAGUUAAAGACAACGUAGAGGAUAGUAUUUGGAGCAAGACUUUCAAUCAUAAGACAGUUCUGUCUAAUAAAAAAGUAAACGGACAACUCCAGAAUAUGUACAAGUUGGUACCUAAUGCCCAAACACAGCUUACACUGCGUGAUAAUAAGAAGUUGGUCCCUGUCACAAUAAUCAAACAAGUUAUUCAAAAUCGGACACAGUCAAAAACUUUGGAUAGUUCUUCUCUGCCAGGAGCAAUAUUAGUGCACCUUAUUGUUCCAGGUCUCAAUGAAACUCAGCAGAAACUUCCUCCUGUCCUGACAAUAGAUGACAUACCUCAAGCAUCCAGGAAAAAACUGGCUAAGAAUGAAACUCGAGUAUGGCCUGCUGAAUCCAAAACACCAGAAGUUCAAGAAAUCUCCCCACAGUCGCUCCCAGCUCAGUCUGAGAAAAAACACGGACCUGAGGAAUUUAAAUCAACGCCUAAACCUGAAUUGGUGCAAACUCAAAACAUACUGGCUUCUAAUGAAAUACAGCCACUUCCUUCUGGAUCCAGAAUCUCUGAUGCUCCAAAAAGUCCAUUGACAGAACUUGCUACUCAGAGUCCAGCCGUGAAAUCUGUAUCUCUACCUUCUGCUGAAACCAGAGAGAUGGAGAUGGCUUUUGAGGAAACACAGCCUGUUUCUUCAGGAUCCAAAACAUCUGGUACCACAGAAGUGCAACCAACCAGAUCUGCUUCGCAUGACUUCCUUCAUGUUACUUCUGCUCCCCAAACUUUUACAGCUUCAGAAAUACCAGACACUGCUAGAGAUACUACGGAGUUGGAAAUAUCCAUGCCCAUAAUUACUACAGAACCUCAGUUGUUAGAAACGGCACUGGGUGAAAGGAAGCCUCUUUCUUCAAGAUCCACAACAUCUGGCAUGCCAGAAAUGCCAACAAUCUCAGCUGCAGCCCAGAGACCGGACCUGGAGUCCACCUUGUCUGCUUCACCGGAGACCACAAGGACUGUGAUGGCUACUCGAAGACCAAGGCUGAAAUCCACCACUUCUUCCUCCCUGGCAACCGAGCAAACCGUGAUGGCCUCACAUGACUUUCUUAAUGUUACUUCCACUCCCCAAACAUCUACAUCUGCAAAAAUGUCAGAGCAAGAGACUGCUACUGAUGAAACACUGCCUAGUUCUUCAAGAUCCACAACAUUUGCUAUUCCAGAAAUGCCAUCAACAAAAUCUGCUACCCAGGGACCAGGCCUGAAACUCACAUGUCAUCCCUCCAUGGAAACCAGAGGGAGCGUGACGGCUUUUGAUGAAAAGCAGCACAUUUCUUCAAGAUCUGAAACAUCUGGCAUCCAAGAAAUGCCAUCAGCUGUACCUGCUCUCCCAAGACCAGUCCUGGAGCCCACAUCUUUUCCUUCUCUGGAAGCCACGAUGAGAGUGAUGGUUACUCAGAGACCAAAGCUGAAAUCUACUUCUCCUUACUUUGCAAGCCAAGGAACAGUGGAGGCAGCCCAGAGACCGGACCUGGAGUCCACCUUGUCUGCUUCACCGGAGACCACAAGGACUGUGAUGGCUACUCGAAGACCAAGGCUGAAAUCCACCACUUCUUCCUCCCUGGCAACCGAGCAAACCGUGAUGGCUUCACUGGACUCUCAUCAUAUUACUUUCCCAUCCCAAACAUCUGUAUUUGCAGAAGUAUCAAAUAUAGAGACUGCUACAAGUUCAGCUGAUGUGGAAAAAUCUAUGCCUCCACUUUCCAGAACACCUCACGUGCUAACAACAACUACGGCUUUAAGUGGUAUUCAACCUGUUCUUUCAAGGCCUGUGACACCUAGUAAGCCUGAAAUAGCAGGUGCUGGACCAGCAACAAGGGAAUCCAUUCUGGAAUCUUUCACACCUAAAACUUCUCGUCCUUUUCAAUGGCCAAGGGUAACAUUAGCUCCAAAAGAAAUACCACUUACUCCUUCUAAACUGAAACCAUCUGCUACCCCAGAAGUACAGCAUGUGAAACCUGUCCCUAAACCACCACUUUUGGAGCCUAAAACUUCUCAGACUGUUGAACAACCAAAAGCAACACUAGCUCCUAAAGAAGCAAAACUCACACCUUCUGCAUCUAAACCUAGACCAUCUGCCAGACCCAAAAAGCCACAAACUAAACCUGCAGCAACCAUUCCGGUGUCAGUCACUACUAGGAGUCCCUACACAUAUGAACGUCCAAAGACUGCAGAGGUCUUGGAACCUAUUACACUUAGAAUUGAACCACCAAAGUCAACGAUAGCUCCACAGGAGACUCAACGUAUUCCUUCUAAACCUAAAACUUCACCUAAACCUCAUAUCCCACAAGCCAAAGAUGUCCUGGAAUCUGUAACACUUAGAACUGAUCAACUAAAACCAACAAUAGUUCCAAAAGAAACACUGCGUGUUCCUUCCAAACCUAGAACAUCACCAAGCUCAGAGGUGCCACAAACCAAACCUGCUCUGGAACCAAUUAUGUUUAGAACUGAGAAACCGAAGUCAACAGUAGCUCCUAAAGAUACACGUCACGGGCCUUCCAAACCGAAAACAUCACCCAGUCCACACGUUCCUCCAACUAGAGCGAGUCCAAAAGAAAGUCGGCGAGUCCCUUCCAAGCCCAGAGCAUCACCAAGUCCAGAUGUACCACACACAAAACCUGUUUUGGCACCUACUACAUUUACAGUUGAACAACCAAAGACAGCGACAGCUCCUAAAGAACCACAACAUACUCCCUUUAAACCUAAAGCAGCUCCCAUCCCAGAUGCUCCACACAGCAAGCCUGAAAUCAUUCCAACCUUCCGUGAACCAGAUACUACUAUGAUUCCUCAUAUUCCUGAAAGAACAAAGGCAACACUGGCUCCAACGGAAAAACAGUUCAUUCAUACCAAACCAAAAACAUCUGAAAAACCAAGAGUGCCACACACCAAACCUGCAAUACAUCAGACAACUCCACAACCAAUUAUUACAAAAUCUACUACCAUUGAGCAUUCAAGGGCAACAAUGGCUCCAAAAGAAACACUGCUCAUUCCUUCCAAACCCAAAACAUCUCUUGGGCCAGAAGUACCACAGACUAAACCUGCUCCAAGGGCAACGCACCUGGGAUCAAUUAACCUUAUAACAGUUCAUGUUGUUGAUGGGUCCAAAAUUACUUUGGUUCCCAAUGAAACGUACCAGAUUUCACCCAAGCCCAAAACUGCUCUAGCAACUGAAAUUCCACAGUUCAAUACAGCACCUCAUAAAACACGUCUCACUUCUGCAAGACCAAAGCCAUCUGAUAAAUCACAGGCCAGACCUGCUCUUAGUAAAACCACACUAGCACCAGCUAGAACAAAAGCACCUGGACUGCCAAAGUGGAUUGUGCCAACAACAGAUAACGUAUAUACACCUGAGGAUAUUUCCAGACAAAGUGGCAUGGAUGUGGAAAAACCUUUGGAAUAUAGUGAUACCUGGGAAAAGCCAAUUUCUGUAACUGCAUCACCUGGCCCUCAGCAUCCUCCUAUACCUCCUGUCAAGCCUACACAAAUGCGAAGAAAACCUCUGCCUCCAAACACCGUGACUGGUAAACCAGGAAGUCCAGCUAAACCCGCUGGACCAACAACACCUGUGAGGACAGGAACGUCAUAUAAGACGCCAACAGCUUUUGCAACUCCAGAGUAUUAUGUUGAUGCAACUGUCUUCAGCUCAAGUCCUACAUCAGAAACUGAUUCUUCAGGCAAACCGAGGUACCAAGCCCCCCAUGUCAAGUACAUGAAGAAAGAUGAUGAUGUGCCUUGCUCUAUCACAAGCUCUCUUGAACAUUUUCCUCAAGAAGAAGCUGGCAGCAAGGAAGAACCUACUCGUCCUCCACAAAAUCCUCCAACCAACCUCACAGUGGUGACUGUCGAGGGCUGUCCAACUUUUGUCAUAUUGGACUGGGAAAAACCAGACAAUGACACUGUUACUGAGUAUGAGGUUGUGUCAACUGAAAAUGGAGCAAGUGAUGGUGAAAAGGAGAAAUCGAUUAUCACUACAAAUCAAACCCAUUCUACUGUGGAAAACCUAAAACCUGACACAAGUUAUGAAUUCCACGUGAAACCUAGAAACCCUCUUGGUGAAGGUCCAAGUAGCAAUGUUGUGGCAUUCAAUACUGAAUCAGCGGACCCAAGAGUGAGUGAGCCAAUUUCAGUGGGAAAGGAUGCUAUCUGGACUGAAAUCCCAUUCAAUUCAGACUCCUAUUCAGAAUGCAAAGGGAAACAAUACGUAAAAAGGACUUGGUAUAAGAAGUUCGUAGGUGUGCAGCUGUGUAAUUCGUUGAGAUACAAGAUAUACCUCAGUGAUUCACUUACAGGAAAAUUUUACAACAUAGGAGACCAGAGGGGCCAUGGAGAAGAUCACUGCCAAUUUGUAGACUCAUUCUUAGAUGGAAGGACAGGGCAGCAAGAAGAUCUACCAGUCAAAGAUGGAUUUUUCAGGGCAGUUCGUCAGGAACCUGUCAAAUUUGGAAAAAUAGGCGGAGAGACUCACAUUAACUAUGUUCGCUGGUAUGAGUGUGGAACAUCAAUACCUGGGAAAUGGUAGAUGCGACACAAACUUGGUGAAAAGGCCCAGUGCUUCCCACCCCUGCCCGACUGCCCAACACAGGCUCAGAGGUGGAAAGGUUUAUGGUAUGCCUGGCACUUUAGUACGUUUGCUGAUGUGCAAGGGUUUAUACAAGUCUAAUGCCAAUACUGCAUUAAUUGUGUAAUAGUGUAGGCUGCUUACUGUAGUUAUCCAGUUUUACAAAUUUGUUUUUAGGUUAAAAAAAUCCCAAACAGGCUAGGGACAUGUUGUAGGAUAAUGUAUAGGGAAGCUGGCUCCCUAUUCUUGAGGUAUGGUUUAUAUGGUAUUUUAAAAGAUACGGUGUGUAUAUUAUUUAUCACAAUGUUGUAAUAAAUGUUUAAGGCACAGUUAUGACAGUUGGUCAUGGAACGCAAUGUGCAUUACUUCUUUUUAAAUAUUCACUGGUUGUCUUAUAACAUUGAGUGCCAUAAGCUACCUGUCCAGAUAGAUCUGUAAUGUCUCCCCAGUCAUAAAUUAUAGAAAAGACCCUACAAUUUUUAAUAUCCUGCAGCCAGUAAACUUGAAGCGCUUUCUCUUUACGUGUACAAACAGUUUAUACUCCUGCCAUAACGCUGAGGUAGGUUGCUAUAUGUAUGUGCAGCUUUAAACAAUCAGGUUAGUGGUUUUUUUCCAUGUUUGUUUUCAAAUGCUUCAGCUCCAGCAAAACAGUAUGUUCCACCUAUUGCAAUGGCCUUAGAGCCACUGCCCAUGAGCUUGGCAGUGGCUGGCUGGUGGGCUUGGCUUCCUCCAAUUAAAGCAGACAGGUACAUAGGUACACAGAAUAAAAAAAAUGAAACUGGCCCCUGCGGCUGUGGCUUUUCAUGAAAAUGUUUUCCGAGACUGAGACUUACUUACUGGUUCAAAAGCCAAAUGUAUGUACAGUGCAGGGGGGCUUGGAAAGAUAAAUGAAACAGGGAAAAAAUAAGCUACAGGUUUAUUUAAUAAAAAAAAAAAAAUGCUUUAAAACAUUGUUCAUUAGGGAAAUAGUGAUAACUGAACUUUAAACUGCUUUACAGUAAUUUUGAUUAAAACCUCUCCCAAAGCUACUUGUUGUACUGCUUGAACAUUUAUGAACUAAAUAAAUAAAGAGAUGUAGUUUUUUUUAAAGGUGUUAUUCAUUACAUUACUAAUGUAUUGAAAAAACUAUGAACAGGAACACCCAGAUAUAUAUAUAUAGUAGAAAUAGUCAUUUAUAGAAAAUGCCUUAUAAAGUACAUUGCAGGUACACUGUACUCCUAAUAAAAUAUUUUUUAAUCAA